AUCCAAUCUCUUACAGGGAUGAAAAUGCCUUUAUUCUUUACAUGGAAGUUACCACAGACUGCUUAGUAUAAAUCGUGGCCUUGUUUGUUAUCAAUAACUCCACCUAGCUUCUUGUUCAAAGCCUAAAGGCUAAAUUCUCUGAGAUUGAGGUUUGAGGCUGAUCGAAUUGUUGUGAGACAUGGCGGUUUCUUGCGGGCUAGUCACAAGAAUACACCAGCCUUGCUUCACACCAGCUAGAAGAAGACUUAACAACAACAUUGGAAGCAGUAAGUUUUGCAUAAGAGCUUGUGAUGGCGGCCCAGAAGGGGAUUCGAAGAAGAUGAUGAUGAUAAGAAAAGAAAAAGACGGGUGGGAGAUUGAUUUCUCAGGUGAUAAACCCCCUACACCAUUGCUAGACACCAUCAACUAUCCAGUUCAUAUGAAGAACCUAUCUACACCGGAUCUCGAACAAUUAGCAGCAGAGCUAAGAGCAGAGAUUGUGCAUAGCGUAGCCAAAACCGGAGGGCAUCUAAGCGCUAGCUUAGGAGUGGUGGAGUUGACAGUGGCUCUACACCAUGUUUUCAACACCCCAGAUGACAAAGUAAUAUGGGAUGUAGGCCAUCAAACAUAUGCACAUAAAAUCUUGACAGGAAGGAGGUCUAAAAUGCACACCAUAAGGAAGACUUCAGGACUAGCAGGCUUUCCAAAACGGGACGAGAGCACGUAUGAUGCUUUCGGUGUAGGCCACAGUUCAACCAGCAUUUCAGCUGGUGUUGGUAUGGCUGUGGCAAGAGACCUAUUGGGGAAGAACAAUAAUGUGAUAUCAGUGAUCGGAGAUGGAGCAAUGACAGCAGGACAAGCAUACGAGGCGAUGAACAAUGCAGGGUUUCUCGAUACUAACCUCAUCGUCGUCCUCAACGACAACAAGCAAGUUUCUUUACCAACAGCCACACUCGACGGCCCAGCUACUCCUGUUGGUGCACUCAGUACUGCUUUAGCCAAACUCCAAGCAAGUCCCAAAUUUAGACAACUCCGCGAGGCUGCAAAAAGUGUGACAAAGCAAAUUGGAGGGAGAGCACAUGAAGUUGCAGCAAAAGUAGAUGAAUAUGCAAGGGGGAUGUUAAGUGCUUCGGGGUCUACUCUCUUCGAGGAGCUAGGAUUGUACUAUAUCGGUCCAGUAGACGGGCACAAUCUUGAUGAUCUCGUAACCAUUUUUCAGAAGGUAAAAGCAAUGCCAGCACCGGGACCAGUUCUAAUCCAUAUUGUAACCGAGAAAGGAAAAGGAUACCCCCCUGCAGAGGCAGCAGCUGAUAAAAUGCAUGGGGUGGUACAAUUUGAUCCCAGAACAGGAAAGCAAUUCAAGUCAAAAUCACCAACGCUUUCUUACACUCAGUACUUUGCUGAAUCUUUGAUAAAAGAAGCUGAAAUAGAUGACAAGAUUGUAGCUAUCCACGCAGCUAUGGGCGGUGGAACCGGCCUCAAUUACUUCCAGAAAAAGUUCCCGGAGCGCUGCUUUGAUGUGGGCAUUGCUGAACAACACGCAGUCACUUUUGCAGCUGGCUUAGCCACAGAAGGCCUUAAACCAUUUUGCACUAUCUAUUCAUCAUUCUUGCAGCGAGGCUAUGAUCAGGUAGUGCACGACGUUGAUCUUCAGAAGUUGCCUGUCCGGUUUGCAAUGGACCGAGCUGGAUUGGUUGGGGCAGAUGGACCGACACAUUGUGGAGCAUUUGACAUUACAUACAUGGCUUGCUUGCCCAACAUGGUGGUCAUGGCUCCUUCAGAUGAAGCGGAGCUGAUGCACAUGGUGGCCACAGCAGCAGCAAUCGACGAUAGGCCAUCCUGUUUCAGGUUCCCGAGGGGAAACGGGGUUGGUGUACCGCUUCCUCCUAACCUCAAAGGAACACCACUUGAGAUUGGAAAGGGAAGAAUACUGAGAGAAGGCAGUGGAGUUGCAAUCUUGGGAUACGGUUCUAUAGUCCAACAAUGUCUGGGAGCUGCAGAAAUGCUGAAUUCCAUUGACAUAUCAGUAACAGUGGUUGAUGCUCGAUUCUGCAAACCGUUAGAUGCUGAUCUUAUAACAAGAUUGGCUAAAGAGCAUGAAAUUCUUAUCACUGUAGAAGAAGGAUCAAUAGGAGGUUUUGGAUCCCAUGUAUCACAUUUCCUAAGCUUAAAUGGCAUACUGGAUGGACCACUUAAGUUGAGGUCAAUGGUUCUUCCUGAUAGAUACAUCGACCACGGGUCACCCCAAGAUCAGAUGGAAGCAGCAGGGUUAUCUUCCAGACACAUAACUGCAACAGUGUUGACACUACUGGGGAGGCCUAAAGAAGCACUUACAUUAAAGUAAAAUCUACUGUAUAAUCAAAACACUGGAAUUCUUAUGAUGUUUAUGUUUUGUCUUCAUGCGAAAUCACAGGUUCUUAAAACCCAACUUUGGAAUCUCAGAAGAAGAGAGAUCAUAGAUCACGGCAUAUAUAGUAUUUAGCAUAGCAAGGUUAUAUAUAUGUGGAUUGGAUUAUAUAAACAUGAAUUGAGAACAAAACAAGGGACAAAUCCUGCAUUCCUGCCUGCCAAUGUUCUCGUCUGUUACCAUGUAAUAGGGGACUAAUGUUCAAGACUAGCAUAUAUAUAUA